UACCCUGCAUGGGUUGACCACAAGUGAAAGGGAGACCGCAGGCUAGCAGGAAGGUGGAGUUAGAGAGUAUAAUGCUCCUAUGGCCCCAAAGGCUUUGACUACAAUCAAGAAAUAGAUGGCGGACUGACGAGGACAAAAAAGAUAAAGGGAAAUUUUCCCUGUUGUCCCACUAGAAAAAAUACAAGGCACAGCUAUUGUGUAAGCCCGCAAGGCACAUGCGAUGAAUGAGAAAAUGCCAUGCUAUCUAGUCAACCACAGCCAAUAUAAAUAGUGAUCGUUCCAUCAAGGAUCAAUGGUGGAGUUUUAAAAAUCGAUGUAUCUACGACUUUUCAACACUCACAUGAAUUAAAUUAAUGGUGAUUGAAGGAUGCAUGAAUACAUGCCAUAAAUUCUGGUUUUGAAAAGCAUUUUCCCAUCUUGCUUUCGAAAAUUUCAGUGUAAGGAGUUGUCAAGCGAGGAAGAGUGUUCUGCAUCAGUGAAGUAGGGUUUCAAAGCGCUGGAAAACCAAUGUCAGGCUCACACGGUUGAGGAUGUCGCGCUGACAGAUGAGUUGAUGGACAUGGUGUUUGCCCAUGAGCCACAGACACAGGAUGCAGCAGCGGUAUCCCAUACACCUCCCCCAGUUACCACAGCUGCAACUUCGAUGCCUGAGUUUGUAGGUGUUGACAGGGGACGAAAUGUCCCAGAUUGAUGACAUCACGCUGUCGGCGAUCAAUUUUGGCCUACAAGGCUAUACGGGCACCCCCUCCGCGUCUAGGGCUCGUCCAAAGAAAAAGAAUAUCUCGAAGACGCCAAAACGUGUGAAGAAGCGGCCAUUAAGCUUUGUGGAUAUGUUGAAUGCACCCGAUUCGCCUGCGAAUCAAGAGAGUGCGAAGGUAAUAGCAACCGUUUCUACAUCGAUGGUGAGCCAUCCUCAGUCCAUUGGAGAAGCAUCUGAGGCACAAACUUGUUCGCGGUACGGCCAUAACGUGGAUCCAUUUAAGUAUGUCUUCAAGAAAACUCCUAAGAGUGACAAGGAGAGGAGAGCGAAGACAUUAGCUCUUGGAUCAGCCGAUGAGCCAUCUACAGAGCCACGUACUACGCCGAAGAGGCUUGAUUUUGAUGAUCCACCAGAAGUUUAGGAUCAUAUAGUGUUAGUUUUGGUCAUAGAAUGACCAAUACAUGUAGAUAUAUUCUACAUUUUUAUUGUAUAUCGAUUUGGACAUGGCAUAUGCCACA